AUGUCAGACGAGUUGAGGUCCAUACCUUCGGCCCACUCUAUCGCGGGCGACUUCUCCCUGGCCCGGGAGAUCGCCUUCGUUAUCAUUGUUUGUAUGUCGCAGUUCAUCACGCAGACAAACAUAGGAGUAUGUGUAUCGACGCUCGACAUAAUCGGAGACAGCUUUAAUAUCACCGAACCCGGUGUUCUGUCUUGGUUCAUGGCGGGCUAUUCCCUGACUGUGGGCACGUUCAUCUUAGUGUUCGGCCGUUUCGGCGAUGUCUUCGGCUAUCACCGAAUGUUUCUGGUCGGGUACAUCUGGCUUGCGAUCUGGUCCUUAGUCGCAGGAUUGAGUGUUUAUUCAAACCAUGUCCUAUUCAUAUUCGCUCGAGUCCUGCAGGGCCUUGGCCCGGCCAUGCUGCUACCCAACGGACUGGCCAUCCUCGGGGCAACGUACGCUCCAGGAAAGAAGAAGAACAUGAUCUUCGCCAUCUUCGGCGCGACAGCUCCCAACGGCGCCAUCCUGGGCGCCGUGUUCUCCUCACUCUUCUCCCAAUUAGCCUGGUGGCCCUGGACAUACUGGACCAUGGCGAUCGUCUCGGUAGUGUCCGCGCUACUAGGCAGCAUAGUCAUCGAACCAGUUCAGCAUACGAAUUUCAGGAAGCACACCUUUUCCGAACUGAUACACAUCCUGGAUAUACCAGCCUCGUCCCUAGGAAUCGCUGGGCUCAUCCUGGUCAACGUUGCCUGGAACCAAGCCCCGAUCGUUGGCUGGAGUACCCCGUACGUCUACGUUCUGCUCAUCAUCGGCAUCCUCCUCCUCGCCUCCUUCUUUGUGGCAGAACUCCAUUACUCCGAGAACCCCCUACUCCCAAUGCGCGCCUUCACCCCAGACGUCACAUACAUCCUGGGCUGUGUAGCCUGCGGCUGGGGCUCAUUCGGCAUAUGGGUCUUUUACUUCUGGAGAUUUCAACUGCAGUAUCGCAACCUCUCACCACUCCUCGCAUCGGCGCAAUUCAUUCCCCCCGGAAUAGUGGGUAUCAUCGCCUGCUUCGUGACGGGUUAUCUCAUGAGUCGGAUCCGCCCCGGAUGGAUAAUGCUCAUGUCCCUGACUUGCUUCACGUUGGGGAAUAUCUUCGUCGUAAUUUCGCCCGUGCACCAGACAUACUGGGCUUUGACUUUCGUGUGCCUUCUGGUCAUUCCAUGGGGGAUGGAUAUGUCGUUCCCCGCAGCUACGUUGAUGCUCUCGAAUGCGUCGAGCAGGGAGCACCAGGGGGUUGCGGCGUCGCUGGUUACUACCGUCGUGAACUAUAGUAUUUCGCUCUCUCUGGGGUUUGCGGGGACGGUUGAAGUGCAUGUUAAUAAUGGGGGUCAUACGGCUAGUGAUGUGUUGAAGGGAUAUCGUGGGGCUCUGUAUUUGGCUAUUGGGCUUGGUGGUUUGGGCAUGGCACUGAGUGCUUUGUAUACCUUUAAAAGUUACCGGGAGGCUGGGUUAUCGGAGAAGGCGCGGAUUUAG